CUUUACGCUAAACCCUGCUGAUUUAUGGUCAUGUAGAGCAGAUACAAGACUUUAUAAGUUCUUGGGAAUCAUAUGCAGCAUUUCAACUGUUACUCAGUACACACAAGCAGCUAGGUAUUAUUGCACAGUAACAACCUGUGAUGGAUAUACAGGCCAGCAUUUUAUCAGAAUGCAUACACCUGGUGCAUCAGAGUUCCAGACUAUUAGGAAUGAUUUUGUUUGUAUAUUUUGUGGGUCAACACUGGUAGAAGAUGCGUCUUGUAGAUUACUUUCAGACAAAAUUAUUGUACAGAUGUUAAGCUAUGAUGCUUUGAAUUCAAAUGGUUGUCGCCAUCAAGCCAUAUCUGUUUUCUUAAGAGGUGAUUUAACAAGUGAUAUUAUGAUUGGCAAAAGCUACAGAGUCAUAGGCAUCCCAACAUAUCAGCAUAAUGAAUCCAAAAUUUCUGUUGCAAUAGAGGCAAAUAAUAUUUACAUGGACUCAAAGAAGCUUGAGCAGAUAUGUAACCAAGGUAACUGUUCUAUUACAAUGCCAUCUUCUGUGCUCACUUUAUAUGACGAUAGAAAAUCAUCUAGUUGGAGCUUUGUAGCUAGUUUAGCUUACAUAUUUGGAGGUGAUAUAACACCACCCGGCACCUAUUUCAGAUUGAAACUAGGCAUGCUUCUCAGUCUUGUAGAAACACCAAAAAACAAUAAACAGAAAAGUAAAGUGUCAAGAUGUCUUCAUGUAUUGGCUAUUGGUUGUGAUACUUUAGUGAUACACAGACUGUUAACAUUUGGAGCAUCAUUCUGUAAGCGUAACAUACAACAUUCUGCAAGUACUUCACUCUUCACAUCAGUUACAAAAGAUAACCAUGGUACUGGAGCAUGUACAAUUGAUGGGGGAUCUUUGCUGCUAGCUAAAAAUGGUAUAUGUUCACUUGGUGAUUUAAGUCACUAUAGAAAAGAUACCAGGGAAAAGCUUCUACAUGUCAUGGAGAACAGUUCCAUAUCAGUUGAUAUUCCCAGGAAAUUUAGUGAUGCAGCACCACAGAAACAAAUGGUGUUACCAAUACUAUGCAAUAUAUGGGCCUAUACAUACCCUAGCACUGGAAAUCAUAAAGGCAUUAAGGGAAUAUUCCAAAAUCAGGACCUUGGUAACAUACCCAACACAUUUGCUGAUACAUUUGGUAUGGUAUAUGUAUGUGACAAUCCAGAUACUACAAGGGAUGACACUGCACAACAGACAUUAAUAAACCAAGUAUUAACUGCUGCAGUUUUAGAUGAUAAACAACAACAUACUGUACAAUCUAUCAUUACUUAUGAAGAUUUCAAGAAGUUUCUGGACUAUGUGUCUGAAAUGCAUGUAGAAUUCACUUCAUCAGCUGAAUAUUUAAUCAAAGGUUAUUUUGUUGGCAGUAGAAGAGUAAGGUCUUCAGGUGUACAUGCCACACCUUUCCCCCAAUCAGCUAUGAAAGCAAUUGCCUGUAUGGCUUCUGCUCAUGCAAAACUAAGUUUAAGACGUGAGGUAGUAGAGGAAGAUGCUGUACUAGCUAUUAUGUUGUAUGAAGAAUCCGUUACAGCGAGAUAUGGAUAUUCAGUUUUAAGUGUACAGCCAACACCUCACUUUCAACAAGAUAACUUACCAUUAUAUGUUGGUAAACAGAAUGAUCUUAAAAUGCAGCAGUUUCAAGUUCAGUUGACAAGAUUUUGUUUAUCACAUGCGAGUGAACUGAGCAGCAGAUUUACUGAAGAAUGA